UGCUGUUUCCUGUACAGGAGUGUAGUUUUGGAUAAACGCAAUUUGGACACUCUAGAUAGCCGCCAGCGAACCCCGAACGUAAGCGCAAUGUCACAAGUAAUACCCAACACGCCCACACCCCAAAUGCUGACGACAUCAACGCCCAUAGAACCCAUGAAACCACCACCAGCGUUCCCCACGCUAGGCGGCGCAAACAUACACGAGCAGGCGUCCGAUAUGAUUAUACGGGCCACCACGAUUUUCGAGGAGCUAAAGCACGACGACGCGAACCUGGAGAACGUGCCCCACCACGGAGUUGAGACUGAGCCGGAGGAGGAUUCCCCUUACGGCGACAACGGCAACUCCAAGAUCCGGAUAAUGCCCAGUGUAAAGCUAAUGGCCACGCCCCCUUCCUCUGAUCCCAAGCGCAAGUUCGUCUGCCCGUACGACAACUGUACAAAGAGCUAUGGCAAGAGCUCCAACCUGCGGUCCCACCUCACCUGGCACACGGGCAUCAAGCCCUUCGUCUGCAGCGAGCUAAAGUGCGGCAAGGGAUUCAGGCGCUCCGACGAGCUCACCAGGCACCUGCGGACGCACACCGGCGAGAAGCCCUUCGAGUGCAUCCAGUGCACCAAGAAGUUCUCACGCAGCGACCACCUCACCAAGCACCUGGCCACCCACGACCGCCAGCUGAAGAGCAGCCCGCAUAAGAAAUCGUUGCCGACCAGCGGAGGCGGAGGCGGCAUGUGACUAAAGCCCUCGAAGAAGCACUCGCAGUCGGAGUCGGACUCGGGCUUUCACUUCAUAGCCGCGAUGGUUGGUUGCGGGGAGCCUAACAUGGACCACCACCACCAUCAGCAGCAGAAUCAGCACCAGCCGCCCGCCGACUGCCACCACAAGCCGCUGAAGAUCAAACUGGAAAGGCCAGAGCACAGCGACAAGUACCAGAUCGUGACUCCGGACCACCAGCAUCCGAGUCAGGGCCAGAACCAGAGCCAGCUGCCAUCUUUCCUGGACCAGGCCAAGCCCGAGGUGAAAUAUGAACCGGUCGAUGAAAUUGUACAUACCCUCUCUCAGUUACCACCGGCGGACGGUCCCGGCACCUACGGGAUGCCCCAGUUCGUCCAGGAUUUUUUCUAACGAUCUAGUAGCCAG